AUGGAUUCUAUCAAGCCUCAGCGACAGCCACGACCUCCGCCAAAACUACGCACGAAAACUGGUUGCCACAAGUGCCGUGAACGUCGGAAGAAAUGCGAUGAGAAGAAACCGAGAUGUGGCGCCUGCUCGAAGCUGAACCUUCAUUGCAGCUUCGCGGAGUCAUCGCGGCGACUGAGCAUUACAGAGAGCCCGCCACCAAGCGCGCAAUAUAUCUCUCCUGCAUCGACAGUCACCUUGGCCGAUCUGCCAUUACCGUCCCCAUGUUGCACCACCGUGAGUCUCCGAUCCGCAGCGUUGAACAACGAACGGGAUUGGCACGUGUUUCAGUACGCUUCGGCGAGAUUCAUUCCGCUAUUGACAACGCCUGAUGCCACCUCCGAGUUUCGGGAUGUGUCCUUUGUGUUCGCUAUCGGAUUUGAGGAACCAUGGGUAAUGCAUGCAGCUCUGGCUCCUGCAGCACUGCACGCUUCAUGCGCCUCACUGAUGCCCAAAGAGGAUGCCAUUGUUUACACACAAAGCGCACUUCAAGGUCUGCGUCAGGCUAUCCAGGAUUCGAGACAUUUAACUCAUAGGACGGAAACUUUUUUGGCCGCGUCCCUAUUUCUGGGUGUCUUUGAGGACUUCUACUCCACCCCUACUAGCCAGAGUCUGACUCACUACAAAGCGAUCGCCCAGGUUCUUGAAGCACAGACGGCAAGCAUUCCUCGUCUUGACAUUGGUCAGCUGUCGGUAUUUCAGCGAACGCUUCUUGACUCAGUCCUGUACCACUUUUCCACCAGGUUGAUCUUUGAACAAGACGUCGACGCUACCUGCAAGUCGUUCCCGUCUCGAACAAUCGCAAUGUACAUCGAAGCGCUCGAGAGCGGAAGCCAAGGGCCGCAAAGAGUAUUGUCCAUCCUCCCUGUUCUCGGUCUGGCACCUCCUAGCUUAUUUCUACUCAUCUACCACAUGACCUGGCUCAGCAGACAGCUACCAUUUGACCACCGCAGCAACCACUGUGCGCUGGCCUUGCAGUGCUCGGGUGAGCUGGACGAGCUACUCAGAAUGAACCCGGUCCUCAGGUUCGAUGACGCUGAAGUCCUCGGAGACGAUCAGGAAGCAACGCUAAGCAACACGGAGAUCGCGGCGAAGCUCUACUUCCUAGCGACCAAGGUAUUCAUUCUCAAAAUCCUGUAUCCAGAUCGUACGCACACUACGUCGCCACAGGUUUAUACAACUCUUCAGCAAGGGUACGAGCUAUUGAAGCGAUACGACGCAAAUGCUGCUUGUGGACAGUUCAUUUGCUGGACGAUACUUAUCCUAGGCUGCACAGCCUGCCCGGUCUCCCACGCCGAAGCCAGAGGACCUUUUCACGAUGCAAUCGAAGCCAGACUACGCUUAGAUAUGCGAAAACUUAUCCAGCGGCAACUACUGCACCUCUGGAAGACAUCCUACUCUGGCUAUGUCAGACGAACGGCUGGCGUUCUGGAAAAGAUCUGGAAUUUGCCAGACUUUUUGCUCAAGACCUCGACAGAUGGUGACGGGGAUUCUGGGAUUGAUUAUGAUGGCCUGAACGCUCUGAUAUUCAAGCAUGGUCUAGGACAGGCAUUGGUGGCCCAGGAUCCUGACUAG